AUAUAUAAACUGCGUAAGAAACUUAUAGGGAAUAAAAAUUAUGUUUUAAGUAACUCUCUGUCUUAGUUAAAGGUACCCAAUAAUUCAUGGAUUACACUUCUGUUUAGAAUAACGAGGCCAAUGAAGGUUUGGGACGCACCAAUGAAAUGAUGACGGACUAAUGGGCAUCUAUCAAGGAGCAGAGUUUAUAUACUGCGGUCAUAAACCUAUCGUAAACUCUGUGGGAAAUUGAUAUCUGCGGCGAUGAGUUAGUGGCAAAAAUCAAUAGUCAUUCGGCCUUGAACAAUGAUAAGCCAUCCCACCAUCUGUCGCUGCGUCGAGUGAGACAACAGCAAUAGAAACACGAUUUUCAAAGUGCUAAUCGAGCUUCAUCGACGCAUUAUUUCAGAAACGUCUCUUAUCCCCUAAGCUGAUCGACUUCUAGAUCAUUCACUCAAUCCAGGAACCUAGGAAACGUUCAAAGUUUUGCUUCUUGAUUUGCGCAGGUUGCAGUAGAUACGAUGCUCGCGGUGGUGAGAAGUACUUGACGUUGCGAGCGCGGCUUCGUAUUGUUUAAAGUGCGGAUGGAAGGACCGUCGUCGUUGCUCUUGUGCGGUGCUUCCUCGGCUUAUAACGAGUUUCAAAAACUUUUACAACUACUCGAUCGUACCUAAAGGGAGAACAAGGACACGUCAUGACAUCCGAACGAUUUCACAAGGCGGCGCGGGACGGAGCUUUGGAAAUCCUGAAGGAGGCGACCAGGAGAGACUGCAAUGCCCGAGACGACGGCGGGAUGACUCCGACACUCUGGGCGGCUUUCGAGGGGAAUAUCGACGCCCUGCGUCUUCUCGCUGCCAGAGGAGGAGAUCCGGACAAGGCGGACUACUUCGGUAAUACGGCGCUUCAUUUGGCUGCAGCUCGGGGACACCGUUUCUGCGUCAAUUUCCUGGUGAAAUUCGGCUGCAACAUAUGGGCCUUGGAUAUCGACAGGCAUUCGGCGCGCGAGCUAGCGGCUAUAAACGGACGCGAUGAUAUCCUGCAGUUUCUCGACUUGGCGCAGACCGAGCAGGAGCUAAACAAUCGUAAGAAGACGAAAAUGCUGAAAGAGAGAGCCGAGAAGGAGGCCGAGAAACGCCUCAAGGAAUACGCCAAGCGGCAAAAGAUGGCCGAGAUGAGAGCUGAGAAGGAGCAGAAAAAAUUACUCAAAGACAAGACCAGGAUGAUGGACAUCGAGCCUUCCGAUGUAGCCAUCCUGCCCCACAGACCCAGCAUACUCACCUUCAAGGGCAGGGUAAAACCCUCGCCGACUUUCAGCGACAUCGUCAGCGGCGGUACGAAGCGGCAGGGUGGAGCCGUCGGGCGCAAAGUUCAGGCUCGCAAGGCCGCCGACGAUUUCAAAGUUGGAGAGAUCGAGAUGGACGGAAAACGCUCCGUCCGCAGCUUGACCGGCCUUAGAAGGGACUCCGAAGUGAUGUACGUCGGCACCUACGAGACCCACAGCCAGCAGAUGGGGAAACGUGGCAAGAUAUCAGACGUUUGGGGAACCCUAUCCAGAGCCAGAAGCACUCCGGACCUCCUCGGCGAUCGAGAUAGACCCGAGGAUGAUCCGGAUUACGAUUACAACGCUAUCGACGACGUCAACGUCGGUGACACGGUCUUGCUUCAACAACCCGCGAGCAUCUUCAACAGACCAGGUUUCGGCUCGGUCGCUUUUAGGAGACCGGUGACCACGACCCUCGACGCAAUACCUAUCGGAGCCUCGGAUCCAAUGGAAAACCGAAAUAUACAUUCCACAGGUCACGAGUCUAUCAACGGCUCCUCGAACGGUCACAAUAACGAAGAAGUUAGCAUUGGCAGUGCCGGGAGUCUGGCGCGUAGGCAGAGUAUGUGGGACGACGAUUUGAUCUCUGAGGAAGACGACGCGGAUGAGGGGACCGAGGAAUGGACGCCGCUACAACGGUUUUUAGUUGCUAAUAAUUUGUCGUCAAUUCACCCCAUUUUGGAGGCCGAACAGAUUGACCUGGAGGCUUUGAUGCUGUUGACCGAUGCGGACGUUCUUGCUUUGAAAUUACCGCUGGGGCCACGUCGAAAGUUGAUCAACGCAAUAGCUAUACGAAGACGCGCGCUUGAGAACCCAUCGGAUGUCAUAGAAGAUAGUAGACUGUGACAGUGGACAGUUUUAAUUUAUUGUUAUUAUUAUUUGUCUGUUUCUAACGCGUGUUGACAGAAACAUGAAAUAUGCGUUAUUC